AUGUCUUUCGACGAACCGAACCAAGUCAUCAAGGUCCUGGCCUGUGAUGGGCGGACAGGCGAGCAACGUGAGAUUGGCUACACCGGCACUCAUGUUGUCGGAAACGGCAAGUCCAUCGCAUCCUUCUCCUCCUCCUAUCCAAGCUCCCCUCAACCUGAUCCACCAUGUAAUCCAGCACGGCCAACACCAACCGGACAGGACUGGGACUGGAAUCUGCGCUUCAGCAUAUCGGACUCGACCCUGCCGCUGAUCAUGACGAAAAAGGUGCACACAAAGGCAAUCAUCCACAAGCUGCUCUGGUUCAUCCGGGGAUUGACUUCAACGCGCGAGCUGAGUGAGGCGGGGGUCCGGAUCUGA